AUGGUCGCCAUACCAGCGUCACCUUGCAGUGAACAUCAAAGUAACCACGCGACACGUUUCUUCAUUCUAGGCGCCCGAGAAGACUCCGUUGUGGAGCUAAGACCGCAUACCGCCGCAGCCGCGGCCGCCCCUGCCGCCGCCGACACCGCGGCGUCACAGCCUCCGCCGCAGCAGGACCAGCGGUCGUUGGACCUCGAUACGGUGACAUCAACAUCAAUGGACGGCGCCACUGCCGCUGCCACUGCCGCUGCCACUGGCAAAACGCCGGCAGCGGCCACAAGUGUCCCUUCGCGACAGCAGCUCACCCGGCAGGGACCUCGUCCGACAGCCCCGCCACAUGACGGCGCUCCGUACGACAUCGAUAGUCCCGUACACCUGCUGCGGGUUAGGGGUCUAUCUCCCCGCUACAACACCGGCUGCCUGGGUGUCGACCUGCGACACGUCGUGAGCGGUCCACUGCAACUCGCUCUUGUGUCCAACUACAUGAUCGACAUGGGCUGGCUCCUGUCGUGCUGCCCGGACCUGGCUAAAGCACGACAGUUUUUCGUCGUGCAUGGGGAGGGCCCGGAUGCGGAGCCCGAGAUGCGACAACAGGCCGCUGAAGCGGGUGCGGCGCAUGUACGACUGCACCGGCCGCCGCUGCCUAUCAUGUACGGCACACACCACUCCAAGGCCUUCCUCCUAGCCUACUCUACGGGUCUCCGCCUCAUCAUCCACACGGCCAACUGCGUCUACCCGGACUGCAACGACAAGACACAAGGGCUGUGGGUGCAGGACUUUCCACGGAAGGAUACGGUGGCUGCGGCCGCACCGGUGUCGACUUUCGAACAGGACCUGGUCGCGUACUUCCGCGCACUGGCGCUGCCGCCGGCGAUGGCUAAUCCCCUGUUCGAGGCCAUCGCAAUGCAUGAUUUUUCUUUUGCGCGCGGCACACUAGUGGCGAGCGUGCCGGGAUACCAUCGCGGCACAGCAGCCGUACAGUCGUACGGUCACAUGCGGUUGCGCCGGCUGUUGGAGCAGGUGCCGCUGCCAAGUUGUUUUGCUGCGGAGGGCAGCAGCUGCGGUACGGCAUCGUCAUCGUCUGCCGUACCGCCUGAGGGCCUUAUCAUUCAAUGCUCGUCCAUGGGGUCGUUUGACCAGGCGUGGCUGGUGGACGAGAUGGGAGCUUCGUUGGCGGCCUGUCGACGGCAGCCGCCGCCGCCGCCGCCGCCACCGCGGCCGCUGGCGGCGGCGCCGCCGCCGCGACCGUCCGGGCCGCCAGGCUGUGGUCCGCUACCGCUGGCAGUUGUAUGGCCCACGGUAGAGGAGGUACGGAACAGCAUUGAGGGCUGGAACGCGGGCCGCAGCAUCCCAGGUCCUAGUCGCAACGUCUCCAAGCCCUUCAUGGGCAGGUACUAUGCACGAUGGGGCGGCGAGGCGGUAGGCCGGCAGCGGGCCAUGCCCCACAUCAAGACCUAUACGCGGUACCGGGGCCAACAACUGGCCUGGUUCCUGGUAACCAGCCACAACCUGAGCAAGGCGGCCUGGGGUGAACUCCAGAAGAACGGCUCACAGCUCAUGAUUCGGUCGUACGAGUUGGGCGUGCUGGUGACGCCGGCGCUGGAGGCGGCGUACAGGGCGAAGGGCCUCAGCGCGACGUGCCUGGCCUCCCAAAUUUCCGAGAGGUACCUGGCCAAUGCCAGGGGUGGCGCCUCAGUCAUAGUGGUGCGCAUGCUGCGCCCCGUCUUUGCUGCGCUGUCAGCGCCCCUUCCUGCGCUUUGGUACCGCUUGACAAUUGGUCAAUCCAGUUGCAGCUUCUGCUUCGACGAGGAUUACGGUCCAGUUUGUACCACGGCCGGCGUUACCCUCCCAUCGGCUUGCCUGGCGGCCUGUCAAGGCCUUCGGGUAGCCCGAAAAGGACUUUGCCAAGGAUCGGAUCCCCUUCCCAAGUCACUGGCGGUAAAUUACGGACCGCCGCCAGCAUUCUGGGGCCCUUCUGGCGACGACGGCAGCGGCAGCGGCAGCGGCAGCGGCGGUGGCGGUGGUGGUGAUGCCACGCCUCCGUUGGCGGAAAGCGGACGGAGCGCUCGUUCCGCCGUCGACGAUGACGUCAUCAUGCGCUUCGUGGACGACUCCUUUGUGUACGUGGGACACGCCGUGAUGCGGGAUACAGCCCCAAGCGGCGUUGAGUCAUCCGGCUUCGUGGGGAGCCUAGCCGGCGGCACCGGUUACAGGGACUUCACUUUUUCGCCUGGGAAGGUUGGAUACAGCUCUCCAUUGGGCGUCAUCAGAGCGCAGUACGUCACGUUUUACAGAGCUGAAUAUCCUCGGAUCGACAAGGACGGCGUCAACUACUUCGACAUGGCGCUCAUAAGGAUGCAGGCACCCAGCCUGAGCUAUAUGGGGCUGAAGUACUCGUGUACUAAGACGGACUAUCCUAAGGUACAAACUUGCGGCUACCCGUACGACCGGACUGGCUUCUACUUACAAAAAUGCGACGACUGCUACUACACCUCAAAUGCCUGCAACCCCAUGGUGCAGCCCAUUAACUGGUGCUUCACUGUGGGAGGUCAGUCAGGGUCCGCCAUCUACGACCUGUCAGAUUACCAAAUCCUGGGAAUCCUAAGCGGUGGUCCCAAUUCGGGAAUGUACUUCAUGGAAUACUCGGUCUGGACUCCAAUCGACGCCAUCCACUUUGCCAGCCUAAAGCGCUGGUUGUGGAAGUCGGGUACGCCCGCCGCCGCAGCGCCGCUUACGCCACCGUUGGCGCCUGCCGUACAGGCACCGUACACUGCAGAGCCAUGUGGCGCACAGGGUCUUCUGCGGCUGGUGGCGUCAUCAGAUGUCGGCUCCGGGCGAGUUGAGAUUUGCUACAACGGCGUCUGGGGAACCGUCUGUAGCUCCAGUUCCUUUAACAACGCCAACGCCCGAGUUGUAUGCAGGAGCUUAGGAUUCCUAACCGGCAGUUGGGUAGUUCCCACGUUCUUCAACCCCGCGGACUUGAGGCAGAGCACCUGGGUGGAGCUGGGCUGUACGGGCAAUGAGAACGGGAUCUUCGAAUGCCCUCCCCUGAGCAACGGAAACUGGAGCGUGGGGACCUCCUGCGCAACACACGAAACAGCAGACCUGAGUGUCAUGUGCCGAAACACAAACGAGGUGUCUGGCUCCGGAACCACCCCGGACUUCAACCGUACAACGGGCUUUUUCCCAUGUACGAACAACGGUGCCGUACGGCUACGUGACAACCUGGUAAACAGCUCAGGUCGUGUGGAGUACUGCAACGACGGGCGCUGGGGCACCAUCUGCCACGAUGGCUGGGACGACCGUGACGCCACGGUGGUGUGCCGUCAGUUGGGCUAUCGGUACGGCAUCGCGCAAAAAGGCCUCCUAGCAAACGGUGCCAGCCCGCCAGGAUCUGCGCUCAUGAGAAUCUGGAUGCAACAGGUCAAUUGCAGCGGAUCCGAAGCCCAGCUGCAGGACUGCGGCACCUUGGUGCCCUUAGGCGCCACUGACUGCAGCCAUCGUGCGGAUGCGGGUGUCAUGUGCGCGAACACGCCGUUCGCCGCACCAGGAGUGCCGUACUACCCCUCCGAUUGCUCUGAACCGGGGGCCCUGCGGGUGGUGGAUGAUGGCGACGACGGUGUCAUCUCGGGGUAUCCUGGCAUGGUUGGCGGUCGAUUGGAAGUGUGCUAUGCGGGGCAAUGGGGCGCCGUGUGCGAACCCAACUUCAACGACCCUGAUGCGCGCGUGGCUUGCCGGCAAAUGGGUUUUGGCUUUGGGCGUGCAGUGCCCGCGACCCGACAACCAGGCUCCACGCCGGGUGAUCUUCGACUACGUGGAGGCGUGGCUGACAACCUGGGCCGACUUGAGGUGUGCAGUUCGGGAGCUUGGGGCUCCGUCUGCGAGGACGGCUUCGGACAACCGGAGGCAGAUGUAGCUUGCAGGCUGGACGUGGGCGUGGUCUGUUUUAAGGGCCCACAGCAGCCCCUCCCAGCGGCUGUGCCGCCCCCCCCGGCUGACCCGUACGCCUGCCCGGUGCCAGGACAGGCUCGUGUGGUAGACGUACUCGAUCGGGUGACCUUUGGCGCGGGCCGCUUGGAGAUCUGCCUAAACGGCGUCUGGGGCACGCGCUGUGGGUGUGGAGGGUUCGGCAACGCCAGCAACCAGCACUGCUCCCCACGCAUGCACCACUUCUGGGAGUGCCCCGUCGCACAAGCUGUCCGGGAGCAGAUUGAUCGACACAUACAGCCCUCCCAGGAGGCAGCGACAGGCGGCAUCACCCGGAAGCAGCUGUGGCUGGUCCAAGCCCCGACCGGCUGCGAGCAGGCCCCCUGGGAUGUGAUCGCCCUGGCAGCCCUGUCUGCCAUGGAGGUUUGCGGCCAGGGCUUCGGGACCACAAAUGCCAUAGUCGCGUGCAGGCAUCUAGGCUUCACGACAGGCGUCGUUGUGUAUGCCGACGAUCCGAAUGGUUUCGGGUCCGGCAGCCAUUUGGAGCCUGUACACCUGGGCUCCAUCACUUGCAAGGGACAAGAAGAUCGGCUCACAAGCUGCCCCAGCAGGCCCGUCCCGGAUUGCCCCCAUGCGUAA